AUGGAGGCUCUGGGAGACACAGAUCCGAGAGUUGCAGAGACUUGCAGGUAUUUGGCUGAGGCCCAUGUUCAAGCAAUGCAAUUUGAUGAAGCAGAAAAUUUGAGCAAGAAGACUCUUGAAAUCCAUCGUGUGCACAGUCCACCAGCAUCUCUCGAGGAAGUGGCAGACCGCAAGUUGAUGGCCCUCAUAUGUGAGGCUAAAGGAGAUUACAAAUCAGCUCUUGAACACCUUGUCCUUGCCAGCAGGGCAAUGAUUGCCAAUGGACAAGAAAAUGAGGUUGCUUCAAUUGAUGUCAGCAUUGGCAACAUCUACAUGUCCCUAUCUCGCUUUGAUGGGGCUGUCUUCUCCUACCAGAAGGGAAGCUGCGAGAGUCCAGAUCCUAUUGUGAAAAAUGCCCUUAGGAUAUAUGCAAAACCUGUGCCUGGAACCACUGCAGAAGAGAUUGCAAGUGAGAUGACAGAAAUUUCAGCCAUUUAUGAAUCUUUUAAUGAACCUGAGGAGGCACUGAAGCUCUUGCAGAAGGUCUUGCGAGUUGAUGGAG